AUGAUUAAAUAAGCAAGUUUGAAGUUAUAAUGUUAAGAAGAUAACCAUAAGGAAGAGAUUGAUUUUAUUUGUUAUCAUGAGUUUUGUAUCGGAUUUCGUUUAAAUUGUUUUGAAUGUUUUAAAUAGGGAAUUCAUCAUACCCAUUCUGAUGAUGUAAAAAAAGUUAACAGUUUGAUUUCAUUUAUUGAAAAUAAAAAUAAAGAGUGUGACAAUUUAAUUGAUGAUCUUAACAAAUACGUUGAAAGCCUUAAUCAAUAAUUCUCCUAAUUAAUUAAAGGAAUCAAAAAUAAGUAUUAAUUAGCAAGAGAAAGUUUAUAGAAUUUAAAUCCUUGCUAAAUUAAUGACUAUUUGAAUUCAACUAUCAAGUUAACUGAAUAUAAAUGA